AUGAGAUUGGCUUUUGGAGCUAAGGGAGGCGUUAGGGUUACAGCCAAAAUGCUGGGCUACUACGCGGAACAAGCAGCAAUGGCUAGCUUUGACAAUUUCAAAAUUUGGGAUAACUUCAAAAUUUGCAUGUUAGACACAGCACAACUCAUGGAUUCGAAGGAUUCCUUGCGAGUUCUUAAGGCUAUAUCUAAAGUAUCGGAGAGAUUUACCCCUGAUCAUUUCAGAGACCUACUUACAGUAACAUACAACAAAAUUGAAUCGCAUAUUCUUACUAUGUGUACUAGUGACUUGGCUUUGAUAGCCGAUAUUGCAGCGAAGGUGGGAAUUCUAGACCAAUCUCUAUCACAAGCUCUUACUAUUGCAUUCCUAUCUAGGUUGGCCCAAUCUACACCUGGAGAAAUUGUUACGGUUGUUAAAAGUUUAAAAUCUUUGCGUAUUGAGUCAGAGUUUUACGAUGAGAUAAUAAAUCACCUGUCAAAAUCUCACAGUAUUUUUCCUACAAGCGAUCUUAUAUCAAUACUAUUUUGCUGUAUUGAUUGUGAUAUUGCCAGUUUGUUAAGUAAUGUUAGUGCCAAAAUCUCAUCAUCUGCAUCAAAACUUUCUAACGAACAAAUUAUUAAAACAUUAUAUCUCUACUCAACAAAUCAACUGCAAACGCCUGUGGCGCUCAGUUUAAAAUUUGAAGAUGUCCCGGAAAUGUUGAUCCCACAUCUAUUAUUCGCAUCAGCAGUAUACAAAUUUGAUAUAAGACACCUAAAAAAUCAAAUAAUAGAAUCGUUAAAUAACGUUGAUUUUGUAGGCAAAAUGGUGGUACUUAUCAGCCUAUCAUUAAACGUCAUUAACACUAGCGGAGCCAGUGCAUAUGUUACAUUCUUUAGAAACAACUAUACCAACUUCUAUCAAAUAUUUACUGAUAUUUACAAAAACUGUUGUGAAAGUUGCAAUGACGCAAAAAUUUUGGUGCAUUUACUGGAAUGUAUUGGCAUAUUUGCCAAUAUUUACCCUAGUGGUAAUUUGUGUGAGUUGUUUAAUAAGAUUCUUAAGAUACUGGAUAAAUCAACAUUAUCAAAUGAUGAUAAUGAGAUUGUCGAGUGGAUCAAAACUAUCGUACCUUAUGUAUGGUUAUGUAAUUAUGAUACAAUUGUUGAUGAUUUUGGCAAUACAUGCCAAAAUGCAGGAAUUUUGCAAGGUUUAUCUCUUAAAAAACUAAACGUUUUGCAUAGUAUCGCGUCAAAUUGUGUGAUAUUUCACAAAGAGUAUCCAUUUAACGCAUGUGAAGUCAAUAGAUUCAAUUCCCCAUUAAUUUUUCCAGAUCUAAAAUUAACACUCCAGAAAAUUGCUGAAACACAAAGUUUAAUCUUUGGAAAAAGAGAAUUGUUGCUAGUUGGUAAUGUGUGUUUUGUACCAUUAUCUCCAAUACAUUAUAUAAAUGGAAUUGGCGGCUUCAAUCCUGAAUUUGAGCUGCCAAAUACAAUUAUUAGGCAAAACGUACGGAAUUCACUACUAGAGUUGGGUAAAAAAUAUAAAGUGGCGCUUAUACCUUAUUGGAAAUGGAGCAGAAUUACCAAUGAUGAUGAAAGGAUUGGCUUUAUAAAUAAAGUUAUCAAUAGUGAUGUUGUAUUAAUAUAA